AGGCACCCCAGACAGGAUCGAACAGUCGUGCCAUACCCGCCUCGAUCUCAAUAACCAAUAUGGGGCGACAGAUCAGGCCUGCGCGGAUCUACCAGACCGUGAGCCAGGAGCUCAACUCGAAAAUCCUCCCACAGUAUCCCGUCUAUGAACCACCAUGGUUCCAGGUCAUGAGGGAUAUCCCUCCUUCUGAAAUUAUUACGAGGCCAGCUAUCGUCAACACUCAGAACUCCAAUCGCAAGAACCGCAAGCCUCAAGGCAUCUACAAACCUCAACAGAUCGUGCACGAGGAGGACUCCUUACGGAAGACGUUCUUCAGAGACCACCCUUGGGAAUUGGCGCGCCCGAGGAUGAUUUUGGAAACAGAUGGAAAGGACUACCAGAGAUGCGACUGGUCCAAGGGUGUCCGCCAAUACAGAACGCCUCUGACCGGUGAAUGCGUCGUCCAGCGACAGCUUUGGCUCAUGCACAACAAGAAAUACCCGAGAGCAAAGGCCUACGAUAUUGCAAGAAAGGAGUUCUACGCGCUGCGCCAGGAGGAGGAAAUUGAGAAGCGCGUCGCCAGGGAGGAGGCGAGGCACGUCGGAGCGUAUUUUGGCAAGAACAGAUUGCAAAUCGCACAGGACCUGGAGGACAAGGAAUUCGAGGUCUGGAAGGGCUGGGCGAGCAACAGGGCUGUCAUGAUUGAGCAGGCGCGCACUGCCAGUUACGCCAACUUUGGUGAAGAGACGACGGAUGAGGCUGCUGCCGAGGCCGAGGCCGAGGCGGCGGUUUGAGCAGAGAGGCCCCGGGCCUUGUAAGUAUAUGUACUACAAAGAUCUGUAUAAUACCACAAUUCCAGGUUGCUGCAACUGCGAAUAGUCAUUUGAUGCGCUC